AUGAAAACAAGCAUGAAACAUUCAACGAUUCAAUUGGGUGAUUUGCCUGAUGAAAUUCUUAUGAUGAUUUUAAAAAAUAUGUGCCAAGUUGAUGUUCUCUAUUCUUUAAUAGAUGUUAAUCAACGACUUAAUACAAUUGUGCAUGAUCCAAUUUUUACUAAUCAUUUGGCAUUACUGAAACAUUUAUCGGAUGGUUCCAUAUGUUCAUUAACUGAUUCAAUGCUUGAUCAAUUUUGUUCACAAAUUCUACCUAAAAUUAAUCAUAAAAUCAAAUGUCUUCAUCUUGAAUCAUCAUCUAUGGAACGUAUUCUUCUAGCUACAAAUUAUCCUAGUUUAGAUGAACUUUCUUUAUGUAAUAUUACCCUCAAAACAAUUAUACAAUACUUUUUGGACAAAAAUGCAUUAACUGAUCUAUUUAAAAAUAAAAUUUUAUCACUUACUUUCAAUAUGCAUGAAAAGGAAAAUGGUGGAGAAUUGUUCAAUGCAAUUAUAUUUCAACGUAUUAUUAAAAUUUUCACCAGUCUACAAUAUUUGAAUUUGUGUUCAUCUUCUAUUUGGUAUUCAAGAAUAUCGUUGAACGCUUUUACUAAAGAUUUAGCCUCUACAACUCUCUUAGAAUUGCAUGUUACUGUAAACAAUUUCGAUAAUUGUCUUUAUUUACUUGAUGGACGUUUCAAUCAACUUCAUACAUUUUAUGUUAAUGUUGCUGAUAUUCAAUCUUCACAGAAAACAAUCAAUAAUAUGGAAAAUUUGCCUAAUUUAAAAUACUUUUCGUUGUAUUCAAAUGUUGUGACAAGUGCUUAUGAUGGAUUAAUUGUUCCACUUGUAAAUCGAAUGAUCAAUUUAGAAGAACUUAGUUUAUAUGUAAAAAUUUGCGAUAUAAAUAGAUUUGUUGAUGGUAAUGAUUUAAAAAAAAAUAUUCUCAAUAAUAUGUCUCGAUUGAAAAAACUUCAAUUUUAUAUUCGUUCAACUACUGGUGUUCUUAGUCAAAUUAAUAUACCAUCAAAUGAAGAUAUUCAAUAUACAUUCAACGAUUUUCAUAAUAAUCAUAUUAUUUCAUAUGUUGAUUAUUUUACAGACACUCAGCGAGGUCAAUGCCAUAUUUAUUCAUACCCUUAUACACUGAACGAAUAUUGUAAAAUAACCAAUAAUUUUCCAGGUGGAUUAUAUAAAUGUGUUACUAAAAUAUCAUUAUAUGACGAACGACCUUUUGAAUAUAAAUUUUUUCUUCGAAUUGCUCAAUCAUUUCCAUAUUUGAAAAAACUAAUUAUAGAAAAUAUGAAAUCUCAAAAUGAUAAACCAAAAAGUGAUGACAAUCAAAAUUUACCAAUUAUUGAAUAUCCUCAUCUUAUCACACUUGAUCUUACUGAAGCUCAUUUAGAUUAUAUUGAACUAUUUCUAUUUGAUACUAAAAUGCGUUUGCCAAAUAAUAUUUCUUUUAUUGUCCUUUACCAAGCACUAAGAAGAGUAACAGAAAAAUUUACAAGAAAUGCUACACCAAUCCAUGAGAAAAAAUUACAUCGUUUAAGUUUGCUGGGUAAAUAUCGAAUUCCUAAAUAUGUAAAAGAAUAUUUUCCUCAUACAAAAAUAUGUAGUUGUGAAUUUGUAUAA